CAGCUACUAGACAUCACAACACAGCAGUUAAUAAACUAAACGUGUGUGAAAUGAGGAGAGAGGUAGAGAGAAAGGUGUGUUGCUGUUGGCGGACAAGUGGUGCAGGCAGACGACAGAAGACGUGGAUAGAAGAUCAAAGGCCACUAGUUAGUGAAAUCUUCAUCAACACAGAAAUUCAGAUCCCGCCAUCUGCAGAGAAUCCUUGACGGCUGGCGAGACAGACACACCUCCCUUCAGCUGAGGCUUCACUCCACCUCCGGCCCGCUAUUUCUAUGGAGGGAGCGAGUGCCUCUGACCGUGUUAUCUGGGGAAGACGGAU